UAGUUCAAGCAUAACUGUCAAAAAGGCGUAUAAUAUAUUUAUUUAGCAGCUGCGUAUACAGAAUAAAGCUUAACAAAAUGAUUGAUAUAUUUAAUAUAAUGGGCGAUUCUACAAGCAAGUUACCACCCAAUAAUUGCAUUCAUGUGCCUGAUCUUCCCAAGCUGUGCGAUAAUGAUACCUAUUGGAAGUGGAGAAUUCUUUUGCGCGCUUAUCUAGAUGCCAUUGGCUUAUGGUCGGGCAAUGCGCCAUUAAAGUGCCCGCAGAGCAAGUUUAUUAUUUUAAGCACAUUGGAGCUUUGGAUUAUUGAUAAAGAGUAUGAAAACAAAGAUGCCAAGGCUAUAUUUGAAGAUUUAGAAAGGCGCUACACAACUUAGAGCAAUAAUAUAAAUAAAUUAUUAGCUUAAAGUUG